AUGCACCUCGCUCGCCUGGCAGCCAUCCAGGGCCCGCCAGGGCUGGCGGGGCCGGCGCGCGGCCCAUGCGGCCCGCUCGGCCGCAUGCGCUGCUUCAGCUUGGGCCGGCUGCGCGCGGCGGCCCGCCCCGGCGACGCUGAUCUGGCGCUCAGCCACGCGCGCGCCGUGGUCAAGCUAGAGGCGGCGGCGGCAGCCGCCUUUGCAGCGGAGGUCGCUGCCGGCGGCGGCGGCAGCGGCGGUGGGGGCAGCGGCGGUGGGGGCGGCAGCGGUGGCGGCAAGAAGCCGCGGCGCUACAUACAGGUCAGGAUCCGCAACUACCAGCCUGCGCUGGUGGCGCUCGCGCUGGCGGCGCGGCGCGGGGACGCGCUGGCUGUCGCGGACGAGCUGGUUGAGCUGGGAGAGGGGCGCAGCCACCUGGACAUGGGGGAGCCCGAGUACGCGCUCAUCCUGGAGGCGGUCAUGCGCGCACAGCUGCCGGACAGCUACGACGCAGCCGCCAAGGUGAUGCUGUGGAUGCAGAACGACCUCAUGGAGCUGCGAGAAGCUACCCUGCAGCUGCUCGCCCGCAUGUUCACCCAGCACCCCUUCUGCCGCCCCUUCGCCGCGGCCGCGCGGCUGGCGGCGGGGGCGGAGGGUUCCGGCAGCGGCGGCGGCGGUGGCGGCAGCGGCGGCAGCGGCGGCGGCGGGGCCACGUGGGUCGCGCAGCGGGUGAAGAUUGAUGCGUCCGGCAUGGUCCCGGGGCUAGGCGAGCGGCUGCGGCUGGUGCUGCUGCAGCCGCGUGAGUGGGACGACCUCCAGAGGAUGGUGACGUCCAUUGCACAAGCUCAGCAGAUGCGCGACAAGGCGUUUGGGCAGUUUAUGGUGUGGCUCUCCAGGCACGGGCCCUUCCAGGUAUAA